GCUCGGCGCCCACCGCCCAUUGAGGCGCGCGCAGAGAGAGACGCGGACGGAGGGGCUGCGAGCGCCUGCUCGGGGCUGGUCUGGCGCUGCCACCCGCGGCACAAAGGAGAGCGGCGGCAGCAAGAGCGGGAGGAGGUGCAGGAGGCUUCGUGCACGGUGCAUACGGCCCCGCUCGGAGAUGUCGGGGGUGCUGGUGAUCGCUGCCUGGUGCUUCCUGCAAGUGGAGAGCCGGCAUCCCGAAAUCCUCACGAGUAACGGCAAUCACGGCAGUUUUCUGGACAACGACAAAUGGCUCAGCACCGUCUCGCAGUACGAUAAAGACAAGUAUUGGAACAAAUUCAGGGAUGAUGAUUAUUUCAGAAACUGGAAUCCAAACAAGCCUUUUGAUCAAGCCCUUGAUCCAUCCAAAGACCCAUGUUUGAAGGUGAAGUGCAGCCCGCAUAAAGUGUGUGUCACUCAUGACUAUGAAACUGCUAUUUGUGUAAGCCGCAAGCAGCUGGUACACAGCCUUCGACAAAAGAAAGGAAACUUGGCCCAGAAGCACUGGACUGGCCCAGCGAACAUAGUGAAAUGCAAGCCUUGCCCCCUGACGCAUGCCAGCGCCGUCUGUGGAUCUGAUGGGCAUACGUAUACUACCAAGUGCAAGCUGGAGUUUCAUGCAUGUACUUCUGGCAAAAGCAUCACAGCUCGAUGUGAAGGGCCCUGCCCCUGCCUUCCAGGACCUGAAAGUUUGAAACACAAGACAGAGAAGACAGCUUGCACAGACAAAGAAUUGAGAAAUCUCGCAUCGCGACUAAAAGACUGGUUCGGUGCUCUUCAUGAGGACGCAAAUCGUGUCAUCAAACCAACAAGCUCGGAGACGGCACAAGGCAGAUUUGACACCAGCAUACUACCAAUCUGUAAGGAUUCCUUAGGCUGGAUGUUCAACAAACUUGACAUGAACUAUGACCUGCUGCUGGAUCCAUCGGAGAUCAGUGCCAUUUAUCUGGAUAAGUACGAGCCAUGCGUCAAGCCUCUCUUCAACUCUUGCGACUCCUUCAAAGAUGGAAAGCUUUCGAACAACGAGUGGUGCUACUGCUUCCAGAAGCCAGGCGGUCUUCCUUGCCAGAAUGAAAUGAAUAGAAUUCAAAAGCUAAGUAGAGGGAAGAGUCUGUUGGGUGCUUUCAUCCCGCGGUGCAAUGAAGAAGGUUAUUACAAAGCCACUCAGUGCCAUGGCAGCACAGGGCAGUGCUGGUGUGUUGAUAAGUACGGGAACGAGAUAGCCGGCUCAAGAAAGCAGGGGACAGUUAGUUGUGAAGAAGAGCAAGAAACCUCAGGGGAUUUUGGUAGUGGUGGAUCUGUUGUAUUGUUGGAUGAUUUGGAAGAGGAACCUGAAGCAGCAAAAAAAGACAAAGAUGGGAAACUGAAGAUUCACGUAAGAGCAGCUAAUGAAGACGAUGAAGAUGAAGAUGAUGAUAAGGAUGAUGAAAUUGGUUAUAUAUGGUAGUGCCCAUCAUAAUGAGGACUCACGUUUUGCACAAUACUGCAAGUCACAUCAUAUCUCUGCAAUUGUAUCUGAGAGUACCUGGCACAAAUAUUCCCUCUCUACUGAGUUUAAUUUUGUAUCGUCUGUUUAAUUUGGAAGACAACUUUUUUUUUCCAGCAAGGACUGUUUGGAAUACAGCUUUUGUUUGGUUGGUUUGGAGGAUUUUUGUUCUACCCACAGGGGCAAUGAGUUGUGUUGCAAAAGCAUUUCAUGUCUUAAUCCUCACUGGCACAGCUUAUGAAAUAUAUCCUGUGAAAGAAUCACUACAGAAAGGGGCUCAACAAAACAGUACAAAGCUUAGAAUCCCUUCUCGUGUUAUCAACCGUAGAGAAUUUGUGUCAUAAAUAGUUAUGUGGAUCAUACCAGAAACAUUUUUCAUGAAGAAGGAAAGUAGAUGCCUCAUUUUCCAGUCCUUAUUUGUUACAUUUUAGUAAUGUGUAUGUCUUUAUGGAUAGUGACUUCUGGCUGCCCAGCACCAGGGGUUUAAUCGAGAAAGAAACCCACUGGUGGGAUUUUCUUUUCAUUACAUUCUCUGAGAAAGAGUCCAACAGGCCUAAUCCAGCCCCCAUGGAAGGCAAAGCUCCCACCAGAGUGUAGAUCAGCUCACUGCCGCUAUUGCUUUGGUUAAGCAACACAGCCUUGACCUUGAGAGAUGCUGAAAACCUGCAGCUAUCAUGGACCGAGCCCUACAGGCAGGGAACAGCCCAUCUGCCUUUCCAAGUGUUUGAGGAAAAAGUGUUUUGUGAAUUUGUAGCAUCAUAACCGCCUCCAUAGCUGUUCCUCAGCUUCUGUCUGAGCUCAUUCGCCCUGAGUUGCCCUAACGUCACGCAGGCAACCUCUGCUUCCUGCUCACACACUGCGGAUCUGCCUGUUGUCAUUUACUCCAAGAAAUCCUUCAUUCCAAAGUUAUAAAGCUGUCAAAGACACUAACCGUCAAAAGUAAUAAGCCAUUGUUUCUUUAAUAUUUGUUUGGCCUGUUUAAAAAAGGAACUUUAGGCGGUCAUGUUUCAAAAGCCCAACCCUUUGGUCAGUGUGACAGGCUGCAUACUCGUAACACACACACAAAAUAUUAUUAAAAUACAAUCAUCUGUGAUUCCCUCAGCAUCUCCCAUGUCUUCGUUAUUCUGCAAUUGUAUUGCAGCAUAUUGACAUCAAAUUAUUUGCUGUGUCCUUUCCCGUUCCUGUUCUCUGAUGCAGGAAUGUCCUGUGGUGACCUUUUAUUAUUUUUACUGUUUUCAGAAAUGGUAAGAACUACCUUAACUCCGCUCUUGCGUGAGGAGGCAGAUGUAAGUAUUUUAGCAAUGCCUGUGGAUUACUUUACAGAAUGAAAAAAAAUGUGCUCAUUACACAGAAAACAAAUCAAAUUUUGUUUUCCUCUGGAGAUAGAAGCGGAGAAAGUACAGAGUCAAAACGUGGACAGUCACAUAUUUGCUUAAAAUCAGGAAAAUGCCAUGAUGGUUGGCAGAAGUCACUUUUCCAGGGACACCAGCCCAAGACUGUGGUCCUCGGCCCUCUCCAAAGUCCACUCCCAGGGCAGAGCCUGGCAGAGCUCUGCAGCCCCUCUCCCGCUCUGUGUAGGACCUCUGCCUUCAGACAUGAUUAGAAGUGCGAUACCAAAGAGGGAUUCCUUUCAGACAGUAUGUGUUGCAGGGGUUCAGUUGUUUUCUCUUCUUUCAUUUCCUAUUUAUCUAGAUCAGUGACCUGAGAACACAGAGCAAGCCUGAAUAAUUUUUAAUGCAGAAGGAUGUGUAGAAUUGUGAGCAAUUUGUUACGUGUUGUUUCACGCCCCUGCAUCCUCCCAAAAAUCUGCCAUCACAGUCAUUUGCAAAAGGCCUGCAAUCCUCCCUGCCUCGAAAGCCUUUUUUGAGAAAAGCUUUUGAAAAUUUCUUUUUAAAUCACUGACCGUGAGCUGCACAGCACGUGCGUACACACAAACACACGCUUUUUCUACUGGUCUCUCAUAGAAAAUGAUGCUGAAUUGCAAGAGGAACAGAUAAAACCAGCAUUUCUGUUUCCCUAAAUAGUAUAAUUUUGUGAGAAGCAAUCGAAUGCUACCAGCAGCUUGCCUCUCAAACAUCGUGGCUGGUUUCCUUCUGGUAUUUUAGUAAUGAAACCCAUAGUCUCUGGGUGUAGCUCUGCUGUCCCAUGCAGAGUUGCCACUUCACUCUCACGUAAAGCUAAGGUCAGCCAUCAAUAGAGUUACGCUUAUCCCCCUGACUGGACUCAUUCUCCACACACAACUAGGUUUUUUUCUGCAUCCAAGUGUCCCUUUGCAGCUGCUUAUCCUGGAGCUAUACACUGUGUCAAAGGCCACACAGUAAAUCCCGUCUCUUGCCCAGCAUCUCACCAGGGUAAAGCCUGUUCAUCCAAGCCCUUGCAGGUAGCUCCAGGGUCCAAGGUUACAGCCCUUCUGCGUCACAUGCAGACACACAAAAUGGUUAAAUAAAAGCCAUUAAAUUAAGUCUUUAAAAGUGAAUGUGGGCAUCCUUCAGCUUACGUGAGCAGACGUGCCACCACCAUCCAUUUCUCAAUACCACUGACCCUCUCCUAGCUGAAAUCUCUUGCAUGUGACUAUUCCAGAGCUGGCGGGCUUUAUAUCUCAAGCUGUAAAACAAACACCGAGUUCUCAGACUCACCAGCUCAAAUAUACCGUGGCUACCAGUCAAACCGCAGCACAGCCAGGCAGGAGGGCAGAUGACUUGCUGGUUCAGCUGACUUCUGGCAGCACAAUUACCUUUGCAUAGAAAGAAAACAAAGCAAAUGCAUGUGCACACACACACGCACACACCCCCUCACCCUUUUAAGCCCACUGGCCUGGAUUCAAGAGGACACCUCUAGCCAGGCGAACAUUCUGUCGCCUACUGCAGUUGUUCGAAUGUUCUUCUGAAUCAGGGUCAGCGUUGGGAAAAUAUCAUUUUAUGGACCGUCUCGGUCUGACUAGCUCAGACCACACGAGAGUUUAAAGGUGUGGUGUCGCAGCCUUGUCAGGAACAGGGCAGACCUUGUCGUGCUUGAGAGGGCAGCUCAGACUAUGGAUUGCUUCAAGAGCAAGUUUUCCAAAUCUUACAACGCUAUUUAACAAAUCCUUUUUGUGAUCCAGUCAUCCUCCAGAGGCUGAGGGAUCUGCAGCCUAUGUAUACACAUGUGUCUGUGUGUAUAUAUGCAUUUAUACACGUGUGUGUGAUUUGGCAGAUGCAUUAAGAAAGUGUUUCAUUUCUUUAAAAGAAACCAAGAACCAGUGCUCUUCCAGAUCAAGCCACUUCCAUUCUUCACGCUUUGUAAAGGAUUUAAUUUGCUUCCAGCUUAAUUUAAUUCCUUUUUUCUUUUUUUUUUUAAAGCAGGAUUUCCCAUCUGCAUCAAGUCAUUGACCUUCCAAACAUUUUCUCGUUGUGAAAAAUGGAAUCAGAGCUGUCCCAUUCUUUUAGAGACACAAACCAAUUUUUAAUCUCAUUUUCUUUUCAUGUUAGCGACUAUGAAAUAUACUAUUAGGCAUUGCUUUAUGUUUCAAGGUGUCCUUUUAACUACUGUGGUUAAAUCAAAAUCUCCUUGAGUUCAGAUUUCAGCACAAUUGGGGUUUCGGGGUCAUUACUGGCCUUUGCUGUGAGAAUGCUUUUCUUUUUCUUUGCCUUUUUUUUAAGCUAUUCUGUACUAUUAUUUUAAACCAUUUGAAAUGUUUAUUUAAUAUUUAUUCUACAGUUUAUAUUGAAAAUGUAAAGUUUAUAUUUAACACAAACCUGUUAGUGAAUGCUUCUCUUUGCCUCUCCAGCCUCGUCUGUUAGUCUCAGUGUACAUUUCUGGCAUGGAAACAUUUUGAUAUUAGAAGUUUUGUAGCAUUUUUUCCCCUCAAGCAGAAAAUGACAUAGAUCUAAGGUCACCACUUGAUAGAGACCACCAGAUUGCUCAAGCUUAGCUUCCUACAUUUGUUGGCUUUUAUUGCAGUCCUUUCUGUAUGCCAUUCAGGUUCAUUUAAUACAUAGACUGCUUUGUACAGUUACUAUACAUCAAAAAGCCCUUUCUACAGUAGGUGGGUUUUGGUCUUUUUAUACUUUUCUCAAUGCUGUUGAUGUCCAUUAUUGUUAAAUGCGUAGAUCUGUAAGGAAAGAUCCAAAUAUUAUGUGUUUCAGUUUGAUGUCCCUACUGUAGAUGGAUGUAGACUAUCAUAGUAAGUAGAAUUGCAUAGUAAAUUCUGAAUGCUUUUUCCAUAAGGAGUUGUGGAACGUGAGCAUUUUGCUAUCUUUGGUUAACUGUAAAUGCUUAACUGUAGUCUGAAAUAGUUGCAUUUUCGUCUGUCUCAAUAAAUUUUAAUUUGUCUGCGA